CCUUCUUCGCGCUGGCGGCCUUUGUGCAGGUGAACGAUCCGGAUGCAGAACUGUGGAUGGUUGUGUAUACAAUUCCUGCCACUCUGACCCUGCUUGUUGGACUUAACCCUCUUGUCACAGGUAACUUUAUUUGGAAGAGUGUGUCUGCAAUACAUAUAUUCCUUUGUGGCCUGUGGGCUAUCAGCUUGGCAUACAACCUCUUGCUUCAUAAGAAACAGAACCUCUUGCAUGAGGAGGAAGGCAGGGAGCUGUUUGGUCUCGUGAUCAUCACAGCAUGGCUGGGUCUGUGCCACAGCUCUUCAAAGACUCCAGGUGGUGGGAGAAUUCAGCUGGCCAUUGCUACCACAGUCGCUCUUCUCCCAUUUAUCUCCUGGGUCUACAUAUAUAUAAACAAGGAGAUGCGCUCCUCCUGGCCAGCUCACUGCAAGACGGUGAUUUAAAUGAAGAAUCCUGUUCCUAAAAUGAGAGUUCUUGAUUUUUUAUAAACAUGGUUGUAACAA